AUGGCAGAUUUGAAGCCAGCGAUGAGUAAAAUGUUGGAAACUUGUCUUACGUUCGAUCCCAGUUUUUCCGACAGUCAAAAUUCUGCGUUGUUCCACUCAAAUCUUCCGGUUUAUUUGCUCGGCAAAACGUACAAAUCCAGAGAAGGUAUGUUCAUUUUUUAUUGCGUCAGUUUUCUUAUACAAAGGAUACAAGACCGUUUAAACAGUCGUUAUGGGCAUCCCAUGUUAAUGUGUUGCUGUUUCUGA